CUUUAUGAUCUCAACAUGAUUUUCUUUUCUUCUCUUCCAGAGUUUGAGUUGAUGCAUGUCGACGAGUUCAUCGAUGAGCUUCUUCAUGCAGAGAGAGUGUGUGACAUCAUCCUGCCCCGCCUACAGAAGAGACAGGUUCUGGAGGAGGCCGAGAUGUUGGACCCACGGAUCAGCGCUCUGGAGGAGGACCUGGACGAAGUGGAGAGCAGCGAGGAUGAGGACGAGGAGGAAGAGAAGAUGGAGAGGCAGCCGAGCCCAGAGCCUCACAGACGUGGUUACCGUGACAACGACCGGCCACGUCGCUCCCCGUCACCCCGCUACAGACGCAGCCGCUCGCCCAGACGGAGGAGCAGAUCUCCAAAGAGACGAAGUCCGUCGCCUCGCAGAGACCGCCAUCGCAGCAAGAGCCCCCACCGGCACCGCAGUCGCUCCAGAAACAGGCGGCACCGCUCCAAAUCCCCCGGUCACCACCGGAGCCACCGACACCGCAGCCACUCCAAGUCUCCAGAGAGGAGUUCAAAAAAGAGUCACAAGAAGAGCCGAAGAGAAAAAGACUGAGUCUCCUGUAGCACAGAUUUUCCCUUUUUACCGUCAGAGAUCCAAACCCAACCCGGAACGUUUGGUUAAAGUUUGGAAUUGUGUAAAUACAUUUUUUUUUCCAGUUGUUUCUGUAGGAAGAACGAUCAGAAAUAAAGACUCUGAUUCAUGUUUA